UUCAAAAAUUUGACAAUCUGACAGUGUCACACAUAAAAAACGCAGCAACUCGUUGAAUAAUUGGUGGCCAAACAAAUGAAAUCGAAUGGAACAGUUGCCGAAUCACCGGCGAAGAAAUUGAAGGCAGCAAAUGUUGUGGAUGACGAUGACGAAGAUAACGAACCGAAAUUGGGCCAACGACCGAGUCGAAAAGAGAAUCCAAAAUCCCGACAAUGCCCGUAUUUGGAUACAAUCAAUCGAAAUGUGUUGGAUUUCGACUUCGAAAAGUUGUGCUCCGUUUCAUUGACACGGAUCAAUGUGUAUGCGUGCCUUGUGUGCGGAAAGUAUUUCCAGGGCCGCGGUACAAAUACACAUGCAUACACACAUUCGGUGGCCGAUUCGCAUCAUGUCUUUUUGAAUUUACACAAUUUGAAAUUCUAUUGUUUGCCGGAUAACUAUGAAAUCAUUGAUUCGUCGCUGAAUGACAUCAAAUACUUGUUGAAUCCAACAUUCAACAGCGAAAACAUCCGGCAACUUGACAGCCCCGAUGUAAAACCAUCGCGAACAAUCGACGGAACACUCUACAAUCCGGGCAUUGUUGGGCAGCGGUUCGGUGAGUUGAUGCGAAAAAUGUGGAAUCCACGCAAUUUCAAAGCGCACGUUUCACCACACGAAAUGCUUCAAGCGGUCGUACUGUGGAGUAAUAAACAAUUUCAAAUCACACAACAGGGUGAUCCAAUCGAUUUCUUAUCGUGGUUCUUGCACACCACGCAUCGGGCAUUGCGUGGCAACAAAAAACCAGACUCAUUCAUCAUAAACAAAGCAUUUUUGGGACAAAUGAAUGUGUACACAAGGAAAAUUCCAUCAACGGAUCUGGAUGACACACAAAAAUCACUGCUUUUGGCCACCGAAGAGUAUCAAGAAAAGGUUGAAGCAACGAGUUUUCUGUAUUUGACUUGUGAUUUACCAGCACCGCCACUUUUCAUCGAUGAAUUCCGAGAGAAUAUUAUUCCACAAGUAAGUCUGUACCAGUUGCUGGCCAAAUUCAAUGGCAUUUCCGAGAAGGAGUACAAGACGUACAAAGAUAGUUUUAUGAAGCGAUUCGAAAUAACCCAAUUGCCACCAUUCAUUAUAUUGUACAUCAAGCGAUUCACAAAGAAUACGUUCUUUUUGGAGAAAAAUCCAACGAUUGUCAAUUUCCCGGUGCGUAACGUGGAUUUCGGUGAUAUCUUAACGGAGGAAAAUCGUGCUAAGCAUAAGCACACGCGCUACAAUUUGAUUGCGAAUGUGGUGCAUGACGGUGAGCCAAACAAAGGCACGUAUCGUGUGCAUAUUUUACAAAAAUCCACCGGUCAAUGGUAUGAAAUGCAGGAUUUGCAUGUCACCAACAUUCUACCGCAGAUGAUUACUCUCACCGAAGCCUACAUUCAAAUUUACGAACUGCAGACGGACGCCGAACAAAUGGAACACUGAACCACGGAUAUUCGCCAAUCGAUAUUCGAUCAUUAUUCUAUUUAUUUUGUCAGAUUUUUUUUUCCUCAAAUAAUUAAAUAAAUUUAAAGUCAUUUUUUUCUGGUAAAAAAAA